AUGGCAAGAACGAAACAAUAUGCUUGUGGAGGCAAUUUGUCAUGGAUCAAGAUGGGCUUCACAACAUCUCCUGGUGUGCCAUACAACCAGAACUCAAUCUUGAAGCUCAAGGACUUCUACUUCCAGGGGCAGGAGGCCCCCCGGCGCUUCCCAGGUUUGAUCAUUGUCGCAGUGUCCCUCCAGCAGGCCCAAAAUGGGAUGAUGAGUGAAAAGGGCGCUAUGGAAUCAGUCUCUCCCCCAGAGCUUGUCCACGCUUUUGUGCUUCGCCUGGCUGAGCUUAUCCGUGAAAAGACCUCAGAUGAUCUUUUGGAAGGAUGGCUUAGGGUCAUCCUGUCUACGAUGUUCAUGUUUGAGCUUCUUCCAACUGUUGAUGACAGAUCUGCGCGGGCAGACUCUUUACGGGAAAGCGCUGUGGCAGACUACCAUGGGUUUGCCUGGACUGUUCUUCAGAAGGUUUACCAUUUGGGUCUCUUUCGUCAACGAAAGGAACGAGAUCUUGGCACUCUGAGCGCUCAGCGGGUUGCACAGCUCUACAAUGAGGACAGCCUGAAUUGGGUUGAGCGGGCAACGGCGGCAGAUUCAGAAGCGAUUACAGAGAGCUAUGUGGAUCAAGCCAUGACUGUAUGGUCCAGGAUGUUGAGCUGCAAAGAAAUUGCUGACGUCCUACAUUGCAUGGAUCGCACUUAUGGCCAUGAUGCCCCGUUGAAUGGAAUCGUGCAGUACCAGCUGAUGAUCUCCAAGACAAGAACGCAGGAAAUGUUGCUUUGGUGCCUGAAGUGCAUCGAACAGUAUUUCACUUGUGGAUACCUGACCAAGGGUGAUUUGACGACCAGGCAGAUUAGCGCUUCCGGUGGUAACAAAGGCACCAUUGACUUGUUCAUGUUCAAGCGGGAGUUGCUGGACCAUUUUCUUGGGAGCUUUGUGGAUGAGAAGGUGGAGUGUGAUUCCACACGGAAAGCCAUCCGCGCUGCGCUUGAAUCCCAUGACAGUCAUCACAAGGCUUUCGGUUGGCCGAAAGAUGAUGCCCAACCAGAUUUGACUUGGAAUGCUGCCUGGCUGGAGUCUGAACGCUCUGUGCUUUUCCUGGCCGAGGGGUUGGUCUUCAGCAAUGCAAAUGACCCAACUUUAAAGCAGGCGCUGAAGAACCGGAAGUCGAUCACCGAGGCAUUGCAAUAUGGUGGCGUUGAAGAGCUUGUGAAGGAGAUUGACAAGCAAAUUGAGAAAGAGAAGAAGGAGUCCGGCCAGGCGUUGCCAGGGACAGCACCACAGCCAUCAACGCUAAGCAUUGAUGAUGUUCCUGAGCACAUUCUGACAACAGGCAUUGAGGACCUUGAGACGGACGAAGACAAAAUUUUGAAGUAUAGGUCUAUGGCCAUGCACACAGUGAAGCAGAGAGUCAAGCUGAUUGUGGAGCCUGUCAGUGAAUCAGCCUUUGCCACGGCGCUGAGUGAUGCUGAGAUUGGCAAGAUGCGUGGCACACAGGAACGAAGGAUCCUGGCUUUGUACGAUGUCAAAAAGUGCGGAGAGAGUAUAACAGCUCCACACUUGCGCACUGCGCCAUUGCGCAAAGAUCACUGCCAAAAAGCUGUACGAGCUUUCUUGCAGAGCCGUGGUUCCAUGGAGAUGCAUGAACACGACCUUCUCUUUUUCAUGGACGCUGGCAAGCAUGGCAACGAUCGAAUUUUCAGCAGCCUGUUUGUCACGGAUGAGAACAAACGCAUCCAGCAUGAGAAGCGGACCAUUUUCCUGUCCUAUUCUGAAGUGGAAAUGAUGCACGUUUUCAGCCGGAGCAAUCUAGAAAUGCCGGAGGUGAAGAGAUCCAUCUACCCAGGGAGCAGCUCAGGUGACUUGGUUGGGCCGAUCAAUGUCGAGAAGUUCAGUGACCGGCUUUGGCAAGUGACUGAGGCGGAGAAGAAGAAGUACUAUGGAUCUUUUCGCAUUGCGGUUGGAGGUCCUACUGAGACGUCGCCGCAAGAAAGUGCAAAGCGCCCCCAGUACAAGCGCUCGGAGCUAGCCCGGAAGCCAGAGGGUCAGGAUGAGAGCAUCGCAUUUGAACCUAUGGCCUAUAGCGGGGCUCCUCCAGAGUUUUACAAAGACCUGUUCCACGUUUGGGCUCCGAGGGCCAUACUCGACUUUACGGCCUGUGACUUGACGCCUGCAUUCAUCGCCAUUGAGUCCAAGUUGCCAUACUUAGGCGUGAUGUACACAGAGGAUCACAUGGUCGCCGGCUACAAGCAUCUCAGCCAGCUUGUCUUUGAGGCCAUGUGUGACGAGUCGAGCCCCUUGCAUGAUGCCAAGCUGAGUGCCCUUGUGCACAAAAACGAAAAGCCCAAUGACGAGCAGGCCAACAACAAAAAGAAGCGUCCGAGAAAGGGGACAUCAAAGACAAAGACGGAGGAGGAAAAUGCGGGAGGCGAAGAGCAAGAACAACAGGAACCGGCGGGCGAGGGUGUGGAAGAGAGCGGAAAGAACGAUGGUGAAGAAAAGAAGACAAAGAAGCCAAAGACAGAGUCCAAAUCCCAAUCGCUGGACGCUCUCAUGGCCCAGCUGCAGGGCCUUCGAAAGCAGUGA